UAUAAGGACUGAUAAUCAUCAUAACUAUUACCUGUCCUUAGCUUUCUUCUGUACGUAGAAUUAAACAUAAAAAAGGAAGUAUCUAUUUGCUUGGAGUAAAAAGCAUUACACACGGGUUGUAACGUGAAUGAAACGACUGCACUCGGUGUUUAUCGAUCAUCGACUACUAAAAAACUUUGGUCACCAUAUCUACGGCCGGUGGCGUACGAUAGACCAUGCCCCAAUGGGCUCCUGGCCGAUAGCGUACAGUAUGGAUCACUCGUCUCGGUCGGCUCCUCAAAACAAUCAGUUCACGCAUUGCCUUAGUCAGAACGUCAAUUACGAUACGUAUCGUCGCUGGGAAACGGUCCCAGAGCAUGGAAGUAAAGGAUCAAAAUAUUCAAAAUCAAAAUCCACUGCGAAUCCAUGCGCCAGGGAUGGGUUCGAGUUUACACUGAUGAGCUACAACAUUUUGGCGCAGGAUUUGCUCGAUUCUCACGCGACAAUGUACAGUGAGCACGAUCCUCAGGCGCUUCCUUGGAACCAGCGCUGCAAAAGAUUGAUGGCAGAGAUUGACACCAUCAAGCCGGACAUAUUAUGCGUACAGGAACUGGAGGAGAACCGUGCCGAUUCGUUCUGUCGUGAGUUGAACCAGGAUUUCGGCAUGUUGUACAAAAAGCGAACGGGUUCGGACAAAACGGACGGCUGCGCGUUGUUCUAUCGGCGCGAUCUGUUCGAUCUUGUUACUCACCAUAAACUAGAAUUUUACCAACCCAAUGUUAGUAAAUUGAACCGAGAGAAUGUGGCUAUUAUAGCAAAGCUUUCGCUAAAAGCGAACCCACGAGCCAAGCUCGUCGUUUCUACGACGCAUCUGCUUUACAAUCCCAACCGGCAGGACGUUCGGUUGGCACAGGUACAGGUGCUGUUGGCCGAACUAGAUCGUCUAGCGUACAGUGGCACGAUGCGGAGCGGAGUACCCCGAUACGAUCCCGUCAUACUGUGCGGUGAUUUCAACCUGCAACCAUUCACAGCACCGUACGAGCUGUUGAGCAAAGGAUACUUGCGCUACGACCGACUGGAGUCACGUUCGCUCCAACCACCAUCCACUGAGUGGCACCGUUACGGUGCGAAGGUUGGUAAAUAUUUCCUUCCACCGGCACUUGGCAUUACCGACAAAUGUCAGCACAAUGCGCUACGGGACCGGGAGCAAGAUCACGGCGAUCAGAUUCCUUCUUCCGACAUGACAAAGCUUCAUCAUUCAAACCAUCGCAGUGAUAAAAGCGUAACGAAUGAUUCUGAAAAGAGCUUGCAAUCCCCUGAAAAGUCCGACCGUCAAAAUGAUUUCUCUUCCGGUUCACUUAGCCAUCGUUUCGUGUUUAACUCUGCCUACCGUCACCUUGGACCCGAUUCGGAAAAGCAACAAUAUGCAACCACGUUUCAAAGAGAAUGGGUAACGGUUGACUAUCUGUUCUACACACCGUACCGUUCGGUGGCGGAGUGUAAUCGUACACUGCCCAACUGGAAUUUAGAGUUGCUGAAGACGUACUCGUUACCAACCGUGCAGCAAUGCUGUUGGGAGAUUGGCUACAUACCGAACAAGUUGUUCGGUUCGGAUCAUUUUUCGUUGGCCGGUCGCUUUUUGCUUACCAUCCCCAAAGAGGACCAGUGAGGAAGCAAAAGGAUGCAAAUGUAAUAGGCUUGAACUGACUAAAUUUACGACU